GAGACGCCCACGACAGACCACAACGAACGCUUGAGCGGGCCAACAAUGCAGAAGGAUGAGGCCAAAAUGUCGCGCUCGCUACCCGGCGGGUGGCUGGAAAGCGGUCACGGAGCUGUUGUAGUAUUUGUCAAAGACUUUCGCGACCCACUCGAGCGCCGCAAGAAACUUAUGUUGCGUCCGUGGGCAAGCAUCAAGGACGUCAAGGAUCAGUUGCAAGUCGUGUUCAACGUACCGUCCAACGCCCAGAAGCUUUUUUACCAGGGGCGAGAGCUUAAGAACGCGCACAAUUUACAGCAGUGCGGCAUAUAUCAGGACAAUGCUGUCGUAGACUUUGUAGCGCGCAGGCCGCAAAACCUGGCGAUGGCUUACACGCACGAGUGUGACGACGGGCGUGUUAGUAAUGUGAGUAGUGGCAGGAACAAUGGCGAGGGGGCCAUCUUAAAAAAGUCAGUACCUUCGCGCGUGAACGGCAAAGCGUCGCAGAAUUUGCGGCCAGAGCAAAUGCCUGUCGUAAAUAUCCACCCGUACGGUGCGCAUCUGCUGCCAGUCGCACUUAUGAAGAUCACGCACCAGGCACUACAAGGUCUCGCGUUGGGUCUUGCACCAGUGUUGGCAAUGGACGGAACUGGCGGCACGUACUUCUUUAAGGAUCCAUCCCACCGCAACGUGGGCUGCUUCAAACCUCAAGAUGAAGAGCCGUUCGGGCCUAAUAAUCCGCGCGGAUUGGUGGGACAACUGGGUCAGAGUGGACUUCGUCGGGGGAUUUUGUCUGGAGAAGCUUGCGAGCGUGAGCUUGCCGCCUAUGUACUGGACAAGGACCACUUUGCCGGAGUUCCAGCUACAUCUCUCGUGGAGUCUCGGCACCCCGUGUUCAACUAUACAGGCAGUGCGGGUGCCUUGCAUUUCAAGGUAGGGUCGCUGCAGGAAUUUGUACGACAUGAUGAUGUGGUAAGUGAUCUCGCACCAAACCAGUUUUCGACCCAUCAAGUCCACAAGAUUGUUGUGUUGGACAUGCGGCUGUUGAACACGGACCGGAACGACGCAAACAUUCUUGUGCGCAAACGGCGGUCACCCGCCACGGGCCAUGCGGAGUACGAGCUGAUACCGAUUGACCACGGUUACUGCUUACCACAGUUUCUGGAGAUUGGAUGGUGCGAUUGGUGCUGGUAUAAUUGGCCGCAGCUUAAAAAACCUCUGAGUGCAGAGGACCGAGCCUAUGUGUUGUCAUUAUCAGCCGAGGAAGACGCAGAUCGGUUAGCGAAAAGGAUCCCGUUGAGACGAGGGUGUCGGCGCAACAUGAUCAUCGCAUGUAUGAUAGUGCAGAAGGGCGUUCGUGCAGACCUCGUGUUGUUCGACAUUGCUCGCAUCAUGUGUCGUGAAGAUCUAGAUACACCUUCCACGCUCGAGCAGAUGUGCACUGAGGCAUUUCAUCAGCUGCAGGUUGUCAAGCAGCGCAAGCAGAACGGCGUCAUAUUUCACCACGCCAACUUGCAACCAACUAUAACACCUGUCACCAAGACUAGCGAUCCGACUAUUGCAGAAGAUCCAAUGACUACACCAAUUGUAAUACCAGCGUCACCACGAGCGCCGUUUCGGAAUCUGAGAGUGUCAAUUGACCCUCCUUCACUCCGAGGGUCAUUAUCGAUUGGGUGUUCCCCUGUCGCUAGUGGUGCUCAAUCUCCCCCUGGUUUCUGGGCAAGCUAUGCCCCAUUUAGCUCAGAUGAAGAAGACGAAGACACCCAGGAGUGCGCCAAAUUUUCAACAUCCAAUGCUGGCGGAAGACACACAUUCAAUGCAAGCGGUAAACAGCGAUUUUCGCUUCAUUGGGACGAAAUGGCUUCGCAUGCUCUCUCAGAUGCUGUCAAGCACGCGGGAAACGGAUUUGCUGGGUCAAUAGCGACGCCAGCAAGUGCUCCAUCCAACGGUCACAAAAUGAUGAUCGAACAAAAUGCUUCGCGAUCUCCAACAUCUUCAUUCAUGGGCGCCGAAGAUGACAAGGACGAAUUUGAAAUUCUGAAUGACGCGCUCGAUGAUGACGUACAAGAUGAAAACAUCUUCCUCAGUAUAUUGGGCAGGUUGCUUGACGAAAGAAUUGAGGCAAUCAAGAGAUGA